UACAGUUUAACGUAAACCCGAGGGAUUGACAGUGUUUCGUGGACGGAGUUGAGAAAGGCUGAUUAUUUUCUGUUAACGCCCGGGGGUUCAGCGAAUCAGUGACGCGCGAUCGAACGCCUCUGGUCCUCCCUUAUGUCUCUCACAUGACCCGAGAAGCUGGGAGACGGAGCCGAGGCGGCGUAAUGUGCUCAGCGUAUUGCGCGGAGAUGGUUGAACGGGGCCGGAGCGCCAGCAUGUACUUCAUUUAUGUGGUGGGCAUUUGUGUUACCCUCGUCAGCCGGAUCAAUGGACAGACGGGCAAAUUGCCGUGGACGCAGGAAAAGCUGUAUCACAAGGCCAGCAUCCUGAGCCCUGCUGACAUCACCAAGGUGCUGUCGCACACCAACCUGGACCGCAUGUGGCAGAAGGACCUUCGGCCGAUGCUGGUGCCCCGGUACCCGAGCUCCGCCGGGAGCCAAUCAGUGCAGCAGCACAUCCAGAGCACCCUGGGGGCUCUGACGGCAGGCUGGGCCGUGGAGGCGGACCCCUUCCAAGCCCACACCCCGUACGGGGCCAUGACCUUCACCAACAUCAUCGCCACCCUCGACCCGGCCGCCAAGCGCCGCCUGGUGCUGGCCUGCCACUACGACUCCAAGUACUACCCUCCGCAGUGGCACGGGCGCGAGUUCCUGGGUGCCACCGACUCGGCAGUGCCCUGCGCCAUGCUGCUGGAGCUGGCCAGGGCCCUGGACCAGGAGCUCAAGACGCUGAAGGGCUCGGGGAUGGAUCUCACCUUGCAACUGCUUUUCUUUGAUGGUGAGGAGGCGCUGUUCCAGUGGAGUGCCUCCGACUCUCUGUACGGCUCCCGUCACCUGGCCCAGAAGAUGCAGAGCACGGCGCACCCGCCCGGCGCCACCAACACCAACCAGCUGCACGGCAUCGACUUGUUUGUGUUGCUGGACCUGAUCGGCGCCCCAACCCCACGCUUCGGGAACCAGUUCCCCAACACAGCCAGGUGGCUGAGCAGACUACAGAACAUCGAACGCCGGUUGCACUCUAUGGGGCAGCUGGAGGAACACCCGAAUGAGGUCCAGUACUUCUGGCCCGGCCUGCCAGUGGGUCCGGUGGAGGACGAUCACAAGCCUUUCCUGAACAGAGGGGUGCGAGUCCUCCACCUCAUCCCCACCCCCUUCCCCGCAGUGUGGCACACCUUCGACGACAACGAGCAGAACCUGGACCGGGCCACCAUCCAGAACCUCAACAAGAUCAUACAGGUGUUCGUGCUGGAGUACCUGAAGGUGUGACACCUGGUCGCCCCGGCAUCACGGCCUCAGAGAGCCAGCGGCCUUCCAUGCCUCCUGCAUACUGACUGCCCAUAUUUAUAACACACAGGUGUUUUAGGACGCGCUCUAUUCUCUCUUUGUCUUCUCUGUAUAUCAUCUGCAAGGCUGCCACUUUGUCAUGGAGGGACACAGAUAUCACAUAUCCAUAUUAAGUUACAGUUAGAUGUUUCCCAUGACAUUGAAUAUGGUCAGGAAAAUAAUAAAACAAUUAUUAGGUCUUUCAUUUCACAUUGGCUUCAAAAAAUUGUAAAAAAAAUUCUCAUCUCUUGCUGAGAACGGAAUUUCUGCUAACAGCUGACUCGUGCUUGACUUCUUGGAUAACACUUAUUGCAUACUGUGGGGAAUGUACAUUGAAUUGCUUUUGAAGAGUGAAAAUAAAUUUUAGUACCAGAAAUGUAGAAGCCACACGGCUGACUCUCCUGCAAAUAGAAGGGUCUACUGAACAAACAAAGGGAAUAUUUCAUGAAAGUGCUGGAUUGAUCUUUUGUACCAUGUGUGCUGUUCCUACACGUUAGACACUAAAUGUAAGUUGCUCCAAACAUCUUGAAUGUACUUUGCAUAAACAGUCUCGCUGAUUGGGCAGGCUAUCAGAGGACCUUGUCAGCUACCAUAGCCUCUUGGGAGAAUAGCAAUACAAUUGAAAUCUGUUGUCGCCUUUUUAACUGUGCCCAUAAUAGCUCUUAUGUAUGUACUGUGAGAAUAUUUUUGUUCUACAGAGAUGUCUCGGGGGAUGAAACAUUGAAUUAACUCUGACAACCUGAUGACACACAACAUCUUGUUUCAGAACAGGGUAAAGCUAUGACUGUGAUUAGGUCAUUUUCCAAUAAAAAUAUUAGCGUCAGUAGUAGAAUUUGCAGAUGAUAUCCUGUAUAAACAUUUCUGUAUUCAUGUGAAUAGACUUGUAUUAAAUGAGUACUUUCCUGUGAUUUAUUAUGUAUCAGAUGUAUUCUGUUUGUGCCAAAAAAAUGUGUUCCAAAAGUCCGCCUGCAGUGUCACAAAGUUGUUAUGAAGAGGUGCCUUACAGUAUAUUGUUCUCUGCCAAUAUUGUAAGCGUGCCAUAAUCAUAAUCUGGGAGG